UCUCCCGCGAAAAUUCGACAAUUGACGUUUAGGACGCCACUGCCAGCUGAUAAUGUCGCUUGACUGAGAAAAAGUGAUAAAUUUUAAUGUAACUGUAUUAAACUAAGUAUUUUGUUUGUUUAAUUGUUGUCGAUUUUAGUGAAAAAAUCUAUUAGAAUGAACUUUUCAGACAAUGAAGCCGAUGAUACUUCAAGCGUUGACAGUACUUCAAACACUGAUAAUACGUCACGAAGUGAAACUCCAACAAACAGUCGCGUGAAGAAAAGAAGACGAGGAAAGAAAAAAGUCACUAAGCAAGUGAAACCACCAUAUAAAUUUAAUUGUAGUGCAAAAGAAGACCAUGGUCAACCUCUAUUUGGGUGUCAAUUUAACCACCACUUGGGUGAGGGAGAACCACUUGUAUUUGCUGUUGUUGGGAGCAAUAGGGUAUCUGUAUAUGAGUGCCCUGAGUCUGGUGGCUUUAAAUUCCUCCAAUGCUAUGCAGAUCCUGAUGUUGAUGAGACAUUCUACACAUGUGCCUGGUCUUAUGAAGAAGAGACAAACUUACCGCUCUUAGCCGUGGCAGGAUCACGUGGGAUCAUCCGUGUCUUCCACACCGCCACUCAGACUUGUAUCAAACACUACGUCGGACACGGCCAUGCUAUAAAUGAAGUCAAAUUUCACCCACGAGACCCCAACCUACUCCUUUCAGCUAGCAAGGAUCAUGCUUUACGACUUUGGAAUAUUGUGUCUGAUGUUUGCAUUGCCAUCUUCGGUGGAGUCGAGGGUCAUAGAGAUGAAGUACUAAGUGCUGAUUUUGACUUAAAAGGAGAAAGAAUAAUGUCUUGUGGUAUGGACCACUCCUUGAAACUAUGGAGGUUAGACAAACCAUCCAUGCAUGAGGCGAUAAAACAAAGUUACAAUUUUAACCCCCACAGAGCUUUAAGACCAUUUAACUCGUUAAAGGAACAUUUUCCAGAUUUUUCUACUAGGGAUAUACAUAGAAAUUAUGUAGAUUGCGUUAGAUGGAUGGGAGAUUUAAUUUUAUCAAAGUCUUGUGAGAAUGCAAUAAUAUGUUGGAAGCCAGGUAGAUUAGAGGACACGGAAUUGCGCCCUGGAGAUAAUUCAGUUACAAUUGUUCAUAGAUUUGACUAUAAGGAAUGUGAGAUAUGGUUUAUUCGAUUUGCAGUUGAUUACAGUCAACGGGUGAUAGCCCUGGGCAACCAGUGCGGCAAGACCAUGGUGUGGGAGCUGGGCCACGUGGCGGGCGGCUCGCGGGUGUCGCAGCUCGUGCACCCGCGCUGCGCGGCCGCCGUGCGGCAGGUAACUCUGUCAAGAAACGGCAAGGUGCUACUAACGUGCUGUGACGAUGGUACAAUUUGGAGAUGGGAUCGAGUCAACAAUGGAAAUAAUUGACAUACUUGAACUUCAGAGAUAAGUGGAGUUAUUUACGACUAUAAAAUUAAAACUACUUUCUGGCUGUGAACCAAAUUUACAGUUUUCUUUUAAAAAAAAUUCAUUUUAAUUUAGUCAAUUACGAAUAUCUACAAGAAUAAUUACAAUAUCAAUAGUAGAUAAAUCUGACAUGUAUAAAUUUAUACGACAGAUGACCAACAAGUACUCUUAAUUUUAGAUAUAAAAUUGAUAAUCAAUUAUAAGACUGUUUUAGUCAAAUUUA